AAGUUCCCUGGGUGAAGCGUUCUGCCUACCCCGCUUGUCUGUCUUGAACGGCCCCUUCCUCAGGUGACGAGGCCGAGACCCAGAAAGGGCACGGCCAAGGUGAAACACCGGAAAGGCAGAAGCGCUUGGCCUCCUCCGUGGCCGGGUGAUACCUGCUUCUGUGUCGCUCCACACAGCUCUGGUUUAUAUGCAUUUCUGCUUUGAUCCCCUAAAUGGCCUCAUGUUCCGGUGCAGUGCCAACUGUUGUGAAGACAGCCAGGCGUCCAUGCAGCAGGUGCACCAGUGCAUUGAACGCUGCCAUGCACCUCUGGCCCAAGCCCAGGCCCUGGUGACCACUGAGCUGGAGAAGUUCCAGGACCGCCUGGCCCGGUGUACCAUGCAUUGCAAUGACAAAGCCAAAGAUUCAAUAGAUGCGGGAAGUAAAGAGCUUCAGGUGAAGCGGCAGCUGGAGAGUUGUGUGACCAAGUGUGUGGAUGACCACAUGCACCUCAUCCCGACCAUGACCAAGAAGAUGAAGGAGUCUCUCUUGUCCAUUGGGAAAUAGAAGUCUUUGCAACUGGCCAUCUGGGCUGACAGCAGGAAUCUAUUUAAAAAGAGAAAUGGGAGUUUUGGUCUUUAAAAUGAAGUUUAUGAAGAAAUUAAGGAUGGCAGCAAGUUUGAGGCAUGUGUCACUUGCCUCUGGACACUGGUUCCUUUAUGUUUCAACCCUGGAAAGUGAAAUGAAAAAAAACUGGUGCUAAAAUUUGGGUCGGAGAUAGCACAGGAGAGUUUUUGAUAACCUAAAUUUCACAUGCUUGUCCUGGCACUAGGGAUCUCCCUUGUACUAAGCCAGAGCCCUCCAAGGUACCAGAUUCUCUUUAGCAUACAGGUACCAACAGGCUGGCAGGUUCCUGUUAACCUUUCUGUGAUCUGGUGGUAUGAGCAGAGGUGUUUCUGUUUGUUGCCAACCUCCUGUUCACCAGAAGGGUCACUAAAUCGUUUUCCAUAAGCUGUAAAACAAAGUCCGUGAGGUCACUAAUUUAGAAGGGAAAAAAGGUUUCUGAGUCUUUGUUUUGCUUGGUUUUAUUUUAUAUACAAGGGCAUGAAAUUGAUUUAAGAUGUGGCAUUGGGAGAGGUAGUUUGGAUAAGAACUUUGAACAGUUCUUAUGGAUAUCUGUUUCUGCCAACGAGGAUGUGGAUAUGCAUUUCUCGAAAGAUGCAUUACGUCUUUCAGCUGGAGGACCCUGCAAAAACAUGAGAGGCGAUGUUACACUGGGUAUGGAGAGACCUUCCGUCUCACUGGCUGCCAUGGUGGGCCCUGAGACUGUCUGCAGCAGAGUGACAGGAAAAUCUUACAGUGAUACUCUCCCUUGAAGGGAAGUGGGGGGGUUGAUUGCACUAUAUACCGGUAUCCAGGAAUGAACAUUGAAGGAGGAACUGUUGCCUUCUUAAUUAAGAGAAAUAUUAAGUACUGGAUAUGGAAAAACAUGGUUUUUACAGAACAGAAUGGAAUGAAAUCCUAAACUCAGCAUUGCUUGUCUCUCCCCCUGAAAUAACAGAGCCAUAUCGAGACAAUCUCUUGGCAACAGGAAGGUCAAAGGAGAAAAAGUAAUCAACUCAGGGGUGAGCUGUGAUUCCUUUAAAGCAAAAGAGGGGCAAACCCCGCCCCUAUUACCAAAUACCACUUUUGCCUGGGGCCUUUACAGCAAGCAGUGUUCCUGCCCCAGCUCUAGCACCUUUUCAUUUUGAUAAGGACCUUAUUGUCUUUUUACCAUCUUAUUACUUAAAAUGAUAAUAUAGCCUGUGUUUGGUGUUUCAAGGCUGUGAUAUAUUUUCCUAGUGGUUCAGUUUUAAAAAAUAAAUAAGGUUUAGUUUUUCCUCCA